AGGUAUGGCCGCAGCUUCAACCUACUUACUGGAAAAGACCAGCGAAGGCGGUCUCACCACACGGGCAUCUCUCUUCACGUCUCAGGAAAACAAUUUUCUCUUCGCGUACUGCGGAUAUAGUCUGGCAGUUGGGGACUUCGAUGAUAACGGCCUAGAGGACGUGGUGGUCGGAUGCCCUCAGUACGACAAAGACAAGGGCGCCAUCGUUAUCUUCUACCAGAAAAAAUCAGGCAAAAGUUUUAAAAUGAAGAUGGAGAGUCAACAUCGCUUCGGGCUCCAGCCGGAGGCGAGAUUCGGCUCCUCGAUAUCCUGGAUCGAAGAUGUGGAUGGAGAUGGAUACAGAGAGCUGGCGGUGGGAGCCCCUGGAGUUGAUGACGUCGUGGGGAGCGUGCACAUUUUUUGCGGGAGGCUGGGCAUUCUGCCAACGGAACCUUGUCAGAUUUUACGCGCUGAGGAAGGCAUGCGGAACUUCGGCUGGGCCAUAGCCUCCGGGUCCGGCAAUUUGGCAGUGUCCGCAUAUGGGCAGAGCGUGGCCGUUUUCAAACGCCUUCCUGUGAUCAUUGCGUCGGUGGAGGUGCUGCUUCAGGGUCGCCUGCCCUACGAGACGCUGGGACCUGUGAACGUGUCGGUCUGCUUGUCCUACACCUUCAGGAGGUCCUCAGACUUCGACGACUCAGGCAGAUGGUUUAACGCGAUGCUGCGGCUUGACGAUGGCGUUGGAAAUCCACGUCUGAUUUUCGAAGGCACGAAAGAGAGUACAAAGGAGUUUGCUGUACAAGUGAAGGCAAACAGUCAAUUGUGCCGGAACUUCCAAGUCAUGCUUCAGACGAGAUCACAAAACCCUUAUGCUCAGUACAAGCUUACCGCCAACGCCUCGCUUGUGGCCAACCAGCCCCUAGUGGCCCCUGUCGUGCCCGACUACCGUGUGUCGUUGAGGUCCAGCACGACUCUGGUCCACGACCUGAAGUGCGACGGCAGCACUUGCUUCACGAAAGCCACGCUUGACAUACGGGGUCAGAGUUCCUACACGUAUAAAGCGGACAAUCCAUACGUCGUGGAAGUGACUUUGGCAGUAGAAGGAGAUACCGCGUACUUGCCGAAGAUCACUGUCAACACAAAUGGGCUGCUGUCACAUAGCAAGGGAACCGAUAAUAAAGAAAUUACAAUUGAUGACGAUGGGACGCUCGUAGUCUGUACUUACCAAGGCUCAUUAAACAACGAGACGAAAAACUUUACCCUGGAGUUCUUACCAUCAAAAAUCCUAAAAGAAACCGCAACUCAACGAGAGCCCAGACUUGACAUCACAGCUAACUUCACAUCCUUGUCCAACCUGACGACCGACAGUCGUGUGGUUGCUUCCCUUACUUCGACUGUACAAGUCGACGUUGAAUCAAAACUCGACGGACGUGUGGAACCCGCCAAUUUCACCGAAAAAAAGAAGGAACCGAGGGAAAACAUCAUGUACAAUUUUACUCUCAAGAACGAAGAUUCCUUCCCUUAUGACGUCACCAUCAAGCUCACCAUGAACAACAACACAAAGUCCGAAUGUUUGGAUUCCUUCUCGACGGCUGAAGACUCGCGGUGUCAGCUUGGAGACAGUAACACAGGCUCGCUGUUUGUCUGCACAUUCCCCGACCUCGGCGUAGGCGCUAAGGCGAGCGUCGCUCUGAACGCAUCUAUACUCGUGAUGGAGGUGACUAAUUACUUUUAA